AUGUUGAUGAUAAACAGAAAUUCUAAAAUCCUGAUAGAAGUCUCAGAAAGGUCACAAAUAAAUCAAGCAUACAAACACAAUUGCUGUAUGCUAAAAUCCACAUUCAAUUGAAACAGGAACAUUAAUCAUGAUAAAACUAAAUCAAGGUCACUGCUAAUAUUCUUCCAUCUUUGCACUGGACUAACACACACCUAUGCUCACCAGCAUCAAACUACUUCAACUCCUGCUUUUCUAGAGGUGGCCACACUAGCUCAUGAUCAGUUAAUCCAAUGAAUUAGAUUGAACAGUAUCUUGCUGGGGAAGAUUUUCACACACAGCUUUUCCAUUUUUGUUUCAUUUUUGUUUAAUAGAUAACAGCAAUGUGGAAUCUGAAGUGUGUUGGAGGUCAGUUUAAAAUAAUUUAAAAUCUGAUGAAAACUAGACAAAAUAUAUCAUGUUCUGAAAUGUAAAACCCUGGAGGGUAUAAACUAUUACUUGUUUACACUGUUUAUCUAUGGAAUGCUGCUACAGUAAGAAUAAAAAAUAAUCUGGUUUGUUUUGCUCUUGUGAUUAUUAUUGCAAAAGGUAAAGCUGUCUCUCUCAACUGAGUUUAAAAACAACCUUAAGUAAACAAAAGUCAUCUGUCUAGUUAAUGCUUCCUCCUCCCUGUUUUGCUUUACACUGCGGUGCGCCCCCUAGCGGUGGAACUCUGAGCUUGAACGGCGUCACACACGCCGGUGUCCGUUCCCACAGUCGGAGUGAAACUUGUCUGCGCUUCGGGAAAAAAAAACGGGGAUUGUGCACUCGUCGCUCCAGACGGUUGUUAUUUUUUCAUCCUCCCAGGAGAGACAUGAGGCGAAAGGAGAAGAGGCUGCUGCAGUUCGCCGGGCUGCUCAUAGCGGCUCUCUUGUUUCUCCCUAACGUCGGUCUGUGGUCGCUGUACAGGGACCGAGUCUUCGACAGCUCGCCCGACGUGGUGGACGGUCCGGGCGGGAUCCAUGCGUUUCAGGGGGUAAACCGGGUAGGGAAGGAUGCUAAAGUGGGACAUGAUGGUGUGCGGCGGAAAGACUGGCAUGACCAUGAGGUGAUCAGAAGAGACGCAGCUCGAUCUGGAAAUGGUGAGCAGGGGAAGCCGUUCCCACUGACGGAUGCUGACAGAGUGGACCAGGCCUACAGGGAGAACGGCUUCAACAUCUACGUCAGCGACAGGAUCUCCCUAAAUCGCUCUGUCCCUGACAUACGCCAUCAGAACUGCAAACAGAAGCUGUACUCGGAGAAGCUGCCAAACACCAGCAUCAUCAUCCCAUUUCAUAACGAGGGCUGGUCGUCGCUACUGAGGACCGUUCACAGCGUGCUCAACCGCUCUCCUCCAGAGCUAAUCGCAGAAAUCAUCCUGGUCGACGACUUCAGUGACAAAGAGCACCUCAAAGUGGCCCUAGAGGAGUACAUGAUACGGCUGCCAAAGGUUCGCAUCCUAAGGACAAAUAAGAGGGAGGGUCUGAUCAGGACGCGGCUGCUGGGAGCAAACGCCGCUAAAGGGGAGGUCAUCACCUUCCUGGAUUCUCAUUGUGAGGCCAACGUCAACUGGCUGCCCCCUCUGCUGGACCGAAUAGCCCAGAACAGGAAGACUAUCGUGUGCCCGAUGAUCGACGUCAUCGACCACGAUAACUUUGGCUAUGAAACACAGGCGGGCGACGCCAUGCGAGGAGCUUUCGACUGGGAAAUGUACUACAAACGUAUCCCCAUCCCUCUGGAGCUUCAGAAGGACGACCCCAGUGAGCCGUUUGAAUCUCCGGUGAUGGCAGGUGGACUGUUUGCUGUGGACAGGAAGUGGUUCUGGGAGCUGGGAGGAUACGACACUGGGCUGGAGAUCUGGGGAGGGGAGCAGUAUGAGAUUUCCUUCAAGGUAUGGAUGUGUGGCGGUCGGAUGGAGGACAUCCCCUGCUCACGGGUGGGACAUAUCUACAGGAAAUACGUCCCCUAUAAAGUUCCAGGAGGUGUUAGCUUGGCCAGGAACCUGAAGCGUGUCGCAGAGGUGUGGAUGGACGAGUAUGCAGAGUACAUCUACCAGCGUCGGCCCGAGUACCGGCACCUGUCCGCAGGAGACGUGACGACACAGAAGGAGCUACGCAACAAACUCAACUGCAAGAACUUCAAGUGGUUCAUGAACGAGGUAGCCUGGGAUCUGCCCAAACACUACCCGCCUGUGGAGCCCCCUGCUGCCGCAUGGGGAGAGGUCCGUAAUAUGGCCAGUGGAUUGUGCAUGGAGAGCAAACACUUUGUGUCUGGAAGUCCGAUCCGACUGGAGAACUGUGUAAAAGGCCGAGUUGACGUUAGUUGGAGUCAUGGACAGGUGUUCACGUUCGGCUGGAGAGAGGACAUUCGGGUAGGCGACCCAAUGCACACCAAAAAAGUCUGCUUUGAUGCCAUUUCCCACCACAGUCCUGUCACUCUGUACGACUGCCACGGCAUGAGGGGGAACCAGCUGUGGCGCUAUAGGAAGGACAAAAGCCUCUAUCACCCCAUCAGCAACAGCUGCGUGGACAGCAACGCCAAUGAGCGGCGGGUCUUCAUGAACUUGUGUGACCCCUCCUCCCCCAGCCAGCAGUGGCAGUUUGAGAGAACCAACACCACCGUUUUGGAAAAUUUUAACCGCGCGACGAACUGAGUCCGAGCAACUAAGGGAGUCUGGACUCAUGCAGCCAUGAAGCUGCUGCUGAUGUUGCUGCUACUGCUCUGAUCAGGGGCGUACCCUGUUUUUUUUUUGGAGCUAGGGGAAAUGCUGCUUUUAUUGUAAAGGUGCCAGAAGUAAAUCAAGAUGGGAUAUCGAGGAGGAAAAUGAAUGGAGAGUUCCAAAAUUGAUGGGUUUAAAAGUUGCUUCAGGGUGUAUUAGUUGUGCUUUGGCAGCGGGUCUGUCUCACUUCCUGGUUUUGCUUUUGAGUUAUUAUCCAAAAUUCCUCCUCAUUCCAUCUCCUUUAUAUCUAUCCCCCCACCCCCCACAACGCUCACUGUGUCCCUGCCCUCCCGUCCGUCUCAAUCUCGCUGCAUGACUGCACCUUUGCCCGCCCUUUCCAUUCUCUCACUUUUAAAUCCCCUUAUGUCUCUCCAGCUCUGACAACCUCCCUAGGGGGGCUUGUGGAAGGGAGGGGACUGGUUUGUGCUGAGCCAAAGUCAUCCUGACACUCGGUGAAGCCAGGCAGAACCACUCUGAAAAUCAGCCAGCAAAUGGGUUCUCCUCUAUAGCACGCCUAUGCUCCACGUCUGCAGGCAGAGUUGCCAUGAGCGGAGCCCACAGAGAGACCGAGGGGACAAGACUGCCACCUUCUGCACACGCUCAGCUCAUUUUCCCCCUUUAUUCUCUGUCCUCCUCAACAUUUAUCCAUGAGUCACUCUCAGAUUUGUCUCUGUGCCACGAUGGCCUUCUAUUUUCUUCAAAAACAAUUGCUGUCUGAUGUUGGGAUCUGUGUUGGCUGAGUCCUGCUGGCAUGUUCUUAGUACAAUGGGACGUCUUUGCAGAGCAGAACGAUGCACAUUUGUUUCUGGCUGCAAACUGACCUGUUUCUUCAGCACCUCGCAGAGUCACAUCUUGACUUUGAAACUUAAAAUGUGUUCCCCGUGCUUCAUUUUCUGCCACACAUGUAAACAUUUCUAAGAUGCCCUCUGCUGCUUCCCAGUUCAGCCACUGGGACGACCUCGUGACAGACGGCCAUGCGGCGGGUCUCGUCUUCUGGCUGCAUGACGGGCGGGGCCGCUGAUUCACAGCUGGCCCGUGCCUUAUUGGCUGGCAGCUGAGCUGAUGCAUCACUUUCGCUGAAUUACUCCGGAUGGUCUUACCGCGGUAGCGCUGGGAUUCAGAUAAACUUGAAUAAGAUCUUAGUGCCUUUUGCCGGACUCAGAAAGUUUGUGUCCACAGAGUGUUUCAGGCAGUCACAGAAGACUUUUGGUGACUUUAAAAUGAGGCUGAAAUGACCUGUGGUGCACUGAACGCAUCACUGUUUAUUCUUGACUCCUGUGAAGCAUUCGAAGUGAGCGUGCUCUGAAAGCACAGAGCUAAAGAGACUGUUUUUCCUACCAUAGUUGCUCCUACUUUCAAAGCUUAAUUACAGCCUUUUCAGACCUUUCUUUUAUGUUGAUCAUAACAUGAUGCUGUGUGUUUGUUUUUUUCUCUCCUGUAUUUAAUCAAAAGUACUUUAAUGGCAAAGGAGAAGUUCUGGCUGUUUGUGUUUUUGUUUUGGGUUAUUCUGGGAUGCUCUGAUUCUCUAAUACAGUUUGCACAGAUCCAGUAAAUCAGAUAGAGAAAGAAAAUCACUCUUUCAGUCUAUUUCUAGGAUUUUGCUUCAUAUCAAGUACUGUCUUGAGAUGCAACUAGAGAUGGACCAAUUAAUUGGCUGGACAUCAGCAUUUGACAGUUUUCCCUGAAUCUGUUCUGAUCAGUGUUCAGUAGCUCAAAGGCCAACAAAUAAGAUUUUCUUUUUUUUUUCUCUCAUAAAGUGUAUUGUAACUAAAAGCUCUGAUCAUUUUCAUGAGACAUCGACCAACAGCAUGCGCUUUGAUAAAACUGUAAAGUAAAUCAAAGUCAGAUAAAGAUAACAUCCUUUGAUGCAUUAUUUGGUUAGUCAUAUAACUUCUUAAUUUAUUUUUAUGUCUUACAAUCCUUUGAAUAAAAGAAUGGUCAAAAUCAGAAUCAGCAGGUACUGAACAGCCUAAAAGAAUAUCAGAAAUUUGAGCAGGGCAGAAAAAGCAUGAACAGUCUAUCUGAAGCACCUUUCUGGAUGCACAUCUAAAAAAAAUAACAUCAUAAAAAGUUAUGUUUGAGAUUCAUUAUGAGCAGAGCUGCAAAAAAAAAAGCUGAAGACAGGCUUUUAUAGAUUUAUGUAGGAAAGAAGUGCAUCAUCCUGUGAAAAUGCAUCUGCAAUUUCUUGUAGUUUUAUUCAAUCAGUUGUUAAGCAAACACUCAAGAAGUUUUUUAUUUCUGGCAUUGUGAUGUACUGAUUCUGUUUUUGUAGAGAAAGUUUGGUAGAGCGGUGGAUAUAUACAGCAACAUUUUCUGGUUAAAAAGGAAAAAAACUACAAGAGUCAUCUCAACACAAAUUCGAUGAGCUUGACCGUCACCCAUUUAAUGAAAAGGAAGCUGAAUUCUAAAGUGAUAAUGUCUGAGACUUGUUGGUUUGGUAUUUUAGGCUGUGAGAUAAAAAGCAGUACAAAGGUUCAGUGGUCUGACAUACCUGAGCAAAGGGGCCUUGAUUUUUCUUUUUUUUUCAAUGAAAACAUUUAGAGCACCAGAAUCUAACACACCAAAGAAGGCAAUGGAGUAAAUAUAUUACAAAAAACUCAGUCUCACUUUCUGAUGUUUUAAGGGCUGAAGAGCAGAGGAAGACUCUUCUGUUCUACAACACAUUAUAGCAUGGAUUGGUUUUCAUUAUUGCAGAUAAUAUUGGUGCACCUUAGGGGAAAUAUCCCUUCAUUGUCAAUGGUUUCGCUUAAAAAAACUGAAAAUCACUUUUCAUGUCUACCUUCACCUUUAAAUCACCUCAGGACAUAUAUUUCAACACACUCUGGUAUCCUUGGUGUUAUGCAUAUAAUAGUAGAAAACUAACGCACACAUUCCAUCGUUUUUCAGCUUUUCUGUAUUAUAAAUGUGUAUUAUUCUGUGAUAUAAAUUUGUUUUCUGCUAGUGUGUUCAUCCUAGAAAUGCUCCUAUGUCACAUUUCUGCAGACUGAGAAUCAGUCAGUUGUUUUUUGAAGCAGUCGAAGGUGUAAAUCUUUUUCUAUCUGUUCACCCUGUUCAACGCUCCUGCUCUCCCACAUUAUGACACUCCCUUUUCCAUACAAGUACUGUGAUCCUCCAAGACCUGUUGCAUAAAUUUGUGAAAUGUUAUAUGCAACAUCUUUUGCAAAGCUGUGCAGAAAAAAAACAUGUAUGCAUUAUUUUUAAGACUCUGAGGCCUGUGAAAAUGUUUCCAUUUUAUACUUCCAUGCUUUCAAACAAGCUGCAACUGUUUUAUCCUGUUUGUUCACUUCUUGUAGCCUGAUUUUUGCAAGGACACCACUCCCACUUUGACGUUUGACUCCAUGACCUGCAGCGUUUUAACGUGUUUGUGGUUUUGUUUUGUUUCACAGAGCUUUUUUUUUUUUGUGUUUGUGAACCUUCCGAAUCAGAUUUAAGGCAUGAUGACGGUCAAGGACGCUAUUUUCCACCUCUUUACUAAAGCCUUUGAUUUGCUCAAAAGAACAAAUGAUCAGUUCUGCCCCAGAUGAGGUUUUUAUUGCCGACUUGGAAGGGGGUGCACAUUAAAAGCACUAUAGGGGAAUUUGGCCGUAAACUGAAAGAGGCUAAUGAUUGGUGAAAUUGGCAUUUGAUUUGCAGAUUCCAGUUCAGUACUUAAUUUAAGGUCUAUUGCAGACUGUUUUUUUCUAAAAGGGAUAUGAUGUGAAUUAGUUUAAAAUUUAAACCAUAUAGAUUUGUCAAACCUCAGCUAGAUUAAGAUAAAUUCUUGCUUUUCGUGGGGAUUAGGAGCGCCUUAGAUUGAGACUAGAGUGAAAACUAAAAUUGAUAAGCUAUAAAACAUGAACUUGAUUCUUUUAAACCUCUGUUUUUAUUUCGGAAAUAUAAAAUUUAGUUGUGAAAAGCGAAAAAUGCGUUCAGGGCUGAGAAGGAGGACUCACCCAGAAUGCCAUUAAUGCAAGAACCACCACUGCAGAUAUGAUUGAACUUUGAGUCAUUUGACAUUUAAGUGAUACUCCUGGAGGGUGUAUUCACUUUUUUCACAUUUAUAAACCAUAUAAUCAAGUGAUUUGCUCUUACUGUAAUAGCUUUACACCCAGUCUUAGGCUGCAGGCAGACACACUUUAGUAAAUCCACUGACUGCACAGCAGGACUGAAAACUCAGAAAGUGUAGAUAGUAAAGAAUGUAUAACCUUAGGAACUGAAUAUUUAUUCUCAGGUUUUAGUGCAGACACCAAAAUGGCAAAAUUUGGACAUAUUUGUGGAAUUCCUCCUUCCAAACACGCCUCAAUCCGGUUUAUCCAUGCAGCUUAAAGCAAAAGCUUGCUAAGUGAUGCUUUAUGGACCAAACUCUGAUUCACCAUCAACUCUCAUGGCUUUUAAAAACAGCCCCCUGUUGUGUUGCUCAACUAGUCACUACUAAGAGUAUAUCAUGACAGUAAUGACAAUCUAAGCUCUUUGAAACAGGGUUCAGAGGAUUGCUGAGGUUCAGUCUGAGCCCAAAACUGUAACUUGCAUGAACAUUUGUUCCUGUAAAUGAAACUGCUGCCUGCUGCAUCCCUUGAUGUUUGCAGCAGGUUUUUUUUGAGCUCCAUCUCUUUGGACGUGAUGUGCAUUUUAAGCAUGAAACGGAUUCUUUGGGUCUUCAUGGUUCUAUUAAUGUCUGCUUUAUUUCAUUUGUAUACAUUUUGGUAAAGGCCCUUAAACUAUUAUAUUGCAACUGCAUAAAUUCACCAUGACUCAGAAUGACAAGAUAAAAGCAGUUCAGCUGCACAAAAUGUUUCCUAGCAUUUACUCAGUAAUUUCCCAGCAUUAAAGGGGAAGCUCUGUUGUGAAUAUGUCGUUCAUCUUUACUGUAACAUCUAAAUUAUUAUUUUUUUUCCCUCUCUAGGAUGUCAUGUUUGGAGAAAAUUGGCAGGAAAAAAAAUUAAAUCUUGUUUUCUAAAAGUUUUUAAUGGGUCGGCCUGUCGCACGACGUCACCUACAUGUGAAAAUAGUGUUGUGUACAUUUUGUAACUGGAAAAUUAAAAAUUAAUCCUGUAUUUUUUCUACUGAGAUUACAAGUGUAAAACUGUAUUUAGAUAUUUACAAAACUGUUCAAAUCAACUGGAGAUGUAGGAUAUUUUGAUGAAACUGUAAAAUAAAAAGGUUUAUAUAUUUGGAGGA